AUUUGAGCCAAACCCGGAGGCGGUAGGCGUGUGUCUUCGUGCCUUGGACCGUUUCUCCUCUAAGCCUAUCGAAAGGCGUUUAAGCUUUCACCCUAUCGGAAGGCGUUUAUGGGUGUCGGGAGGCGUUUAAGCUUCCAGCCUGUUGGGAGGCGUUUUUCUUUUGAGCCAAGAGACGUGUGUCUUCGUGCUUUGGGGCGUUGCUCCAGGGUUGUUCUGCCUUUGGGGUGGCGUGUUAUGACCAACUCCAUGCCUCAGAAAGCAUUCCUGUGGAGUCGCUCUACCUUGGGGGUGACGUUUUAUGAGCGAUCUCCUACCUCAGAAGGCAUUUCAUGGUUUGGUUGUUCUGCCUUCGGGGUGGCGUGUUAUGAACAAUCCUGCCUCAGAAGGCAUUUUAUGGAGCCACUCUGAGUUCGAGGUGGCGUUUUAUGAGCCAUCUCUUACCUCGAGAGGCAUAAAUCUUCAUGCCAAGGCCGGAGGCAAGAGGCGUGUGUCUUCAUGCGUUGGGGCGUUGCUCCGAAGUUGUUCUGCCUUUGGGGUGGCGUGUUAUGAACAUCUCAUGCCUCGGAAGGCAUUUCAUGGUUGGUUUGUUCUGCCUUCUAGGUGGCGUGUUUAAACAACCCUGCCUCGAAAGGCAUUUUAUGGAGUUGCUCUGCCUUCACGGUGGCAUUUUAUGAGCGAUCUACUGCCUCGGGAGGCAUAAAUCUUUGUUCCAAGCCCAAAGGCAAGAGGCGUGUGUCUUCGUGCCUUGGGGGGUUGCUUCAGAGUUGUUCUGCCUUCGGAGUGGCGUGUUAUGAACAACUCCAUGCCUCAGAAGGCAUUUUGGUGGAGUCCCUCUGUCUUAGAGGUGGCGUUUUAUGAGUGAUCCCUUACCUCGGGAGGCAUAAGUCCUCGAACCUUGGUGAGUUGCUCCGGAGUUGUUAUGCCUUCGGGGUGGCGUGUUAUGAACAACUCCUUGUCUCGGAAAGCAUUUUGGUGGAGUCGCUCUGCUUUCGGGGUGAUGUUUUAUGAGCGAUCUCCUGCCACGGGAGGCAUUUCGUGGUUGGGUUGUUCUGCCUUCGGGGUGGCGUGUUAUGAACAACCCUGUCAUGGAAGGCAUUUUAUGGAGUCGCUCUGCCUUCGGGGUGACAUUUUAUGAGCGAUCUCCUUCCUCGUGAGACAUAAAUCUUUGUGCCAAGC